AUGGCAAGCCGUACGAGCGCGCCGCGGCGCUUCUUUCACGCGGCAGGCCGUGUGAGCCAGGGAGAGAGUGCGCGUACACCGCGCAAGGCGGGGAAGCAGGCCCAUGCGCAGGUCGCGCCCAAAGCGGACGCGCCCGCGCCGACGCCGCUGACCCUCUGGGACCACCCGCUGUACCGCGUCGCCAGCCGGAAGCCUCUGCAGGGCCUGCCGAGCACGGCGGGCGACGUGGGCGCCAAGGCAUCCGAUAUCAAGCGCCCGACACUGUCGCAGCGUGCGACGUUCCGCGCGAUGAUGCUCGACUUCCGCCCGCAUGCACCGACGGUGCUCGGCGGUGCACGCACGCCGACGAUCCGCUAUGCGCCGCCGGUCGCCGUGCCCGCGGACGCGCAGAUCGCAGGCGACUCGACUGCGUCGCUGCGUGAGCGCCUGCAGCAGCUCAAGGACCUGCAAAAGAGCCAGGUCGCCAAGGGCGACUAUACGCCGUACCUGCCCAAGGCGUCGCUCCACGACAGGAGCCUGCGCGCUGCGGAUGCGGCCAAGACCCCGGAAAAGGGCGCGCUGAUCAGCGCCGACCAGGCGAUGAGCGCGAAUACGACUCUGCACCCGAUUGCGCGCCGCUUCAUUACCGAGCGCAUCGGCGCAAACCUCAAGGUGGCUUGUUAG